AUGUCCGAUUGUGUGGAUAUUGAACAAAAGGAUGAGAUCUUUGACUGGCAAGCCAAACAAAAUGAAUUACCUGGAUCGGAUCGCUCAUCUAUUGGUGGCGACGUGUUUACUUCAAACAAGGGGACUAAUCUACCCAUCGCUCGCAUUAAAAAGAUCAUGAAGGAGGGGGAACAUCCAGGUAUGAUAGCUGCAGAUGCUCCAGUACUCUUGGCAAAAGCGUGUGAGAUGCUCAUUAAGGAUCUUACGUUACAGUCGUGGGAUUGCACCCUUACUACUAGAAGAUGUACCCUGCAAAGGCAAGAUGUAGCAGCAGCUAUUUUUAAAAACAGCAUUUACAAUUUUAUGUUGGAUAUAUUCACGCCGGAGGAACUGUAUCCAAAGAUGGAACCAAAAGCUGGUAGUGUUUUACACUUUAACGGCAUGAACCAUGUAAACGAUGGACGAACUUGUCCUAUGAUAAACAGUCUAAAUAAACCGAGAGACGGAUACGCUCCAGGGGCUUUGGCAAUUGGACAAGGUCAUGGAGCCAUAGGGCACCACAAUAUAUACCAUACGGGAGCACAACGUUUUAUGAUGAACCCUGCUGCUCAUGGUCGUAUAAUAGGGUCACCCUCUCAGCAGAUGCUACAAUGUCACGGGGUUCCCACCGUAAAUACUAUGAUGCGGUACUCCAAGAGUGUGCCUUUGGGCGGUCACAUUCUGCAAAAUGGUCACGUUAGCAAAGUACCAAUGCAGAUGCUGCAACACUGUGCCGAAUCGCAUCCCAUUAUACAAGGCACUAUGGCGUUUACAGAGGGAGAUUUGCAAAGCAGUGUACAACCUAACCAAGUGCUGCAAUCGCAGAUGUCUUAUACGCAGCAUUAUGGGACUUCAGAUGAACACAGCUCACCGAGAACAUACCAGCAGCCGUUCUAG